UCAGAGCGAUUACGAAUGAUGACGCUACAAGGCGCGAAUUUAUCCACCAGAAACAGCACGCGACUGUUUACAGUCAAGAGCGUGCUCAGAGCUCGCGUGGAUCAUCAGCUGUUCGCAUAUUAAAAGCGUAUAAUCCACCUGUUGGGACACUUAACGUGGAUUUCGAAUGAAUGAAUGCGACCGCGGAACUAGAAAUGAAAAACAAAUCCACUGUAGAUGAUGCGCACGUCAAAGUUACACCAAGACAAGGGGGCGUGUCUUUAAGAAGAAGACCUGCAGAUUCCAGGUGUAACGCCAGGAGCGUCAAUUCAGGUUUUAAAUCUCCUGUUCAGAAGCCUAAUUUGGUGAAAUCUCCCUUGUGCACAGAGGAAGAAGUCAAAGAGCUCAAGAAAACACUUGAUCGGCUGGAUACAGAGAUCGCCUUGUUGGAAAAAGAAGGAUUUGUUGUACAAGAGCUGGAUCAGCACAUAGACCUGCUGCACGAAUACAAUGACAUUAAAGACAUCGGACAAACUUUACUGGGCAGAUUAGCUGGCCUGCGUGGAGUGACCACACGAGACUUAUACAGUCACUUUGGCCUCGAGUUGGACGACUGAGUUUCGUGAGAGGAAAUUGAGGAACUGAAAGGCCUCAUAAUACUGUUAGUGUUUUGUCUUUUUAUUUAUAGCAAAUACACCGGCUAGUAUUGUUUUCUUCAUGCUGUUGUGCUGAAUGAGUAAAAUUAAGACGUUUCAGCGAAAUUAACUGUCAAACUGAUUCCAUGAUACAUAUAACUCUUCAAAGAAAUUGAAAGGCUUCUGUCAACAUUGUGAGAAGAAUUGCCUCAACGUUUGUCUCUGCACACGGUUUUCCUCACCAAAUGGGAGGUGUUAUUGUGCAUGAGAGAGAUUGUAAUCUAAAUCUGGUGAAUUAAAGGAACAGUUCACCCAAAAAUUACAUUUGUCAUCAUUUAUACACCUUCAUAUUGUUUCAAACCUGUAUGACUUUUUCUCAGUUCAACCAAAAAUGAGAUGAAACUUCAGUGUUCACACAACUCCUAUUUGUACUUUUACAACCCAUGCUGCUUAUGCUUUCAUUGUAUGAAAAAGAGCAGCAUGAACAUUUUUUGAAACAUCUCAUUUUGUGUUCCACAGAAGAAAGCCUGUCAUAAAUGUUUGGAACAAUGUGACAGCGAGUAAAUGUUCAUUUACGGGUGAACUGUUCCUUUAAACAAGUGCUAUUAGCAAGUCGAUUGAACUGUGUAUUGCUGUUGGGUCCAAUUUAGCUUUAUUAUUCAUUUGUCUAUGUAGAACCACCAAAUGCAUGCAUUUCAAAGUGUAUUUGCCACAUUUGUGUGGUUGUUCAAAGGUUUUGUUACAGAACUGAUCCAACUGUGUGAAAGUUGAAUAAAUAAAUUUCAUGUAAGAUA